AUGUCUUUUAAGGUACUGGAUGAUGAAUUUAUUGCUAUAAAUUCGAUAUAUCCAUCAUGUUUUGAAUCCUUAGAUAGUAAUGCAAAAAUUUAUACUUUAAAAAUUCCAAAAAAACCAUACUAUAUUAUUCUUCGGUUUCCAGAAACAUAUCCUUAUGAAAAACCAUAUAUUAUGGAAUCUAGAAAUGUUGAAAAAUCUAUUGUAAGAGAUAUUUUAGCACAGAUUCCCUAUGGAGAUGUUUGUAUUUUUGAAUUAAUAAAAUGUCUUGAAGAAGAAGAGUUUCUUCAGAAAAAUUUUAAUACCUUAAAUGAUUGCAAUAUUAAUAUAAAUAUUUCUCCUACUUUAGACUUUAUUUCGAAAGAAAAUAAUGAAAAGCGUAUUAAUCAAAAUGAAAUACCUUGGAUCGUUUCUGAUGUAUUAAUUUCUAAAAAAUCCAGAUUUAUUGGACGAAUGCUUGAAGUUAAUUCUUUAGAUAUGGUUUAUGUAGCCCUUAAAAGUUUGCAACAUGAAAAAUCAUUACUGAAUGCAACUCAUAAUAUAUGGGCAUAUAGGUUAAUAGAAAAAAAUGAUAAAAUAAUUUAUGACAGUAAUGACGAUGGGGAAAAAGGGGCUGGUUCGAAUUUAUCAUGUUUAUUGUAUUCUAUGGGUGUAAAAAAUGUUCUUGUAGUUGUAAGUAGAUGGCAUGGAGGAAUUAAUCUUGGUCCUUCCAGAUUUAAACUUAUAAAUUCUUCUGCAAAGGCUGCUUUACUUCUUGGGAUUUCUGUUAAUAAAUCGGAAAAAGAUAAAGUUCAUAAAAAAAAGAAUGGAACAUAA